AUGACGCUUUAUUACUUGAGUGAUGAAGGACGGCUACGAAAGACUGCUAACGCCUUUGGCGUGUCGCGACAGGCUGUGUCCGUCGUUGUCAGGCAGACCUGCAAAGCUAUCGCUAUCCAUCUUGGUCCGAAAUACAUCAAGAUGCCUUUUACGGAGCCUGAGGCCGAGGAUCUGGUUUUGGGCUUCCAUUGUGCUCAUGGCAUGCCACAGUGUUUGGGAGCGGUCGACAGCACCUACAUUGAAAUAAAGCAGCCAUCUACCAACUCCAUGGACUACGUUAACAGGAAAGGCAAGCAUUCCCUUAACGUACAGGCUGUCUGUGAUUAUAAGUUUAAAUUCAUGGAGGUCGUGAUAAAGUGGCCUGGGAGUGUACACGAUGCACAAGUUUUUGCUAAUUCAACCAUCAACUCAGACUUACAGACUGGCAAGAUCCCUGCUCUGAAAAAGCAGAUUGUGGACGAUGAGGAGGCCAUACCCAUCUUCCUUCUUGGUGACCCAACCUACCCUCUGAUGCCUUACUUGAUGAAGGAAUAUUCCAGUGGUGGCUCCACACCUCAAGAACAGUACUUUGGGCUACGUUUGUGUAGGGCAUGCAUGGUCAUCGAGUGUGCUUUUGGUCGCCUUAAAGCCAGAUUUGCUGCAUUGAAACCUAUGGACAUCAAUUUGCAGGACCUGCCCCAUGUAAUUUAUGCUUGUUUUGUUCUCCAUAACUUUUGUGAGGACAGUAAGGAGACUGUGGCUGAUCACUCUGUAUCGGGAGCAAUACAGUGUGAUAACGACUUGCAGCCGCCAAUACAAUGCAACAACUACACCACUGACUGUAACGAGGCGGAGGGAAAGAGAGUGAGAAGAGUACUCACAAAGUACCUUGACCCAUAA